UGUGAGCAGCCAUCUUUCUUCCGGCUGCACAGUCCCUCAUGCUAGCUUCUUCUCAUCUGUUUCCAGAGGAGAUGAUGGAUAAACGUGUGUUUAGAUGCGUUGAAUGUAACGAGACAGCGACGGAGCUGCACCGGGAUUACAGCAACAACAUCCUGAAGAUUACCAUAUGUGAGUCCUGCCAAAAGCCAGUGGACAAGUACAUAGAGUAUGACCCAGUUAUCAUCUUGAUUGAUGCCAUCUUGUGCAAGACGCAGGCGUUCAGGCACAUUUUGUUCAACACAAGCUUGGAUAUUCACUGGAAGUUGUGCGUGUUCUGCCUGCUGUGUGAGGCGUACCUCAGGUGGUCUCUGCUCCAUGGCUCCAAACAGAGCAGUGACCCAGCCGACAUCAUACGGUACACCAAGGAGUGGGAGUUCUACGGCAUGUUUGGAUUGGCCGCCCUCGAGCUGUCAGCGUUCUGCAUCAGUGUGCUGUGGUUCCUCUGGGCGGUGGUGGGUCGUCUGCAGGGCGGGAAGCUGGAGCUGCGCCUGCUCCUCCGUGCUCUGCUGCUCUCCUGCUACGGGAAGGUCCUCCUCAUCCCUGCCGUCAUCUGGGAGCACGACUACUCCCCGCUCUGCCUCGGCCUCAUCAAACUGUUUGUGCUCACUUCAAACUCACAGGCUAUCAGAGUGAUCCUGAACAGCAGUAGACGUCUGUCACUGCUGGCUGUGUGUUUAGGCGUGCUGUCUGAGACCUGUGUGGCUCAGGCCUGUAAAAAGCUUCCGUGGAGCAUCCAGGAGAUGUUGACAGACUGAGACUUAAGUCACUAAUCUCAGGGAAGGACAAGUGACUGUGGACGUCAGCCUGUGACAGAGGCAGCGAGCCAGUUUUUAACGAACCUUCUGCUCAAACCUUCGGCAUCGGUUCCUGUGAGGCAGAGACGGAUGCAAAUGCCUUAAUGAAAUGUCUGCAGGUUGAGAUAAAGAGCAGCAGAAGAUAUUUCUUUUCUCAGGAUUUAUAUUGAUUGCAGAUAUUUACGCCGGCAGACUGAAAAGGUGCUGGAUCCUUGAUCUUGUUCUUGAAUUUAAGUUUUAAAGCGGACAAUGAAGCAAGUCAAGAUUCCAGUGUGUUUAUUUCUGAUCACUUUAUCUGGAGAGGAGCUACGACAUGAGGAGCAUCCCAUGAUCUAAAUUACUGUAACAUGCUCUAAUUCCUGGGUCACACAAACACAGAGGCUGAGGUUGUAAAUAGACAAUAACUCGUUCUCUGUGUGGACAGGACACUCUUCACAUUCUGUAGCUCAUUGGUGAAAUUCUUACACUCACUCACACACAAGAUAAAUGUUGAUACACAGGGUUGGUAAAGAAAACCUGUUGACUUAUUUACUUUUGUAACUGAGCUUAUGAGCCACAACAAAUAGCAGAAUGGACACGAGAGAGCCAGCAAAUUAGAAUUAAACAUGACAAAAACACGCCAUCGCGGUACAUGUAUGAUAGGGGCCAUCACACGUGUGUUUAUCUGUUGGGAGAUGCUUUUCAUAUUACUGGUUCCCCAGAAGAAAAUAUUUAGUUCAAAAUUCUAUAAAGUAAAAGCAGCAAAUCCUCACGUUUGAUAACUGACUAUGAUUAUUUGAUUAGAAUCUUACCAGACAUCUGAUUUUAAAUAAUCAUGAUGAAACAUGUUGAUUAGCUUCAAACUUCAGCAGCUCUCCACCCACCGUCCCUGGAAUGUGGAUCAUGUGUCUGUAAACACAACAGAUGUUCAGUCAGAGUUUUUCUUUUCUUCGAAGGGAUGAUCAUUUAUGAGCACUUCUUUUGCAUUACCUCGCAAUAAAUAUAGUGUUUCCUCUUCCCAUCCUUCUGAACCAUCACCCACACAGGAAAGUCAGAGAGAAUAGCGUCCUCUUAUUGUCGGGGCUUUUAAAUAAAAGUGUCCGUCUCACAGUUUAACGUGGAUUAUACCAGAAUAUUUUCUAUUUUUGGUUUUGAAAUGUGCAAAGAGACAUGAUAUUGAAAUAGCUGUGGCUCUCUGACAUAGACCAGCCCUCAACAUUUGGGUGCGACAUGUGUUCCUGUGAUGAAUUAUGUAAAACCCACUUGCGGAGCGAGUGGCCACAGUCUGCAGAGAGACAGAUAAAUGUUGCAGCAUGUGAACCGUCUGUUACACACAAGAUAUGAAAAACAAAAUGUUUGCACUUUCACAUAGUUGCUCAGGGUUGCAUGUGAUUUUGUGCAUGCGUGUGUUUGCGCGUGCUGCCCCUGCACAUGGAUACGUGUUAUUACAGGUCUGUGAAUAGUUGAGGAUACAGCACAUGAACGUGGAAUGUGUCCUCGCCCUGGGUGGAUCUGCUACAGAGUCUCUGUGGAAAUCAAUCCACGCAAACACAACAACAUCAUCUCAUUGAAGAAAAACAAUCCAAAGCUUGAAUUCAUUAGAUCGUAAUAAAGAGUAAAUAAACAUGA